GUAUGGUGACUAUCCCAAGCUCCCUAAUAAGUCUCUCCAUGAGAGAGACCCCUGGUACCAGUGGGACCAGCCAGACUUAAGGCAUAACUGGGGACAGCCGAUGCACUGGGACUUUGACAUGUAUAUUCGGAACCGUGUUGAUACAUCCCCCACUCCAGUUCCCUGGCACACCAUGCGCAAGCACUUCCUUGUCUUUUUGAGUACCAUGCUGAUCAUGUUCGCUCUUGGAGAAAUCUAUCCAUCUUACAGGCCUGUGGGACCGAAGCAAUAUCCCUUCAAUGACCUGUAUCUGGAGAGAGGAGGAGACCCCAAUAAAGAGCCACCAGUGGUGACGCACUAUGAAAUCUGAAAGUUGUUGGAAGUGCUGUGUUUCUCCUGCAUCAGCUCUGCUGGGGAUGGCAUCUCCUCUAUUGUUCGCUGUGGGCAUAUGUUAAUGCUUCACCUGCUAACUGCAGUGAAAUAUAUCAAUGAUACC